AAAUUACAAAAACGAAAUGGAAAAUUUACGAAUUAUUAUUAUUAUUAUUUCGAAAAAGUGUGUUUUCGAAAAUGGAGUUUCCCCAGCUAUUUUAAUAGUCGAGAAUGGAAAAUUCGUUAAAAUUAUUCGUGACUUUGAUGAAAAUGAACUACAAUCCAUUCGCCAAUCGUACCCUAAUGCGAUUUUCGAAGAUUUCGGAAAUUCCGUUCUGAUGGCCGGAGUCGUGGAUUCCCACGUUCAUGUCAAUGAUCCAGGACGCUCCGAUUGGGAAGGAUUUGCAACUGCGACGCGGGCCGCUGCGGCCGGAGGAAUUACCACAAUCGUUGACAUGCCAUUAAAUUCAAUACCGCCAACCACGAGUGUUCAAAAUCUCGAGGAAAAAGUUCGGGUUGCAAGGAAAAAUGCAUUCGUUGAUAUUGCAUUUUGGGGCGGAGUUAUUCCGGGAAAUAAGAAAGAGCUGAAACCACUCGUCAAUGCCGGAGUUGUCGGUUUCAAAUGUUUUCUACUGCCAAGCGGAAUCGACGAGUUUCCUCACGUCACGUUCGACGAUGUUGAUGAAGCUCUUGAAGAAUUGAAGUCGACUGACUCUGUUCUCGCAUUUCACGCAGAGUGUGAAAUCGAUGAUGAUAUUUUGAAGACGAAUGGCACAGGAAACCCUGCAGACUACAAAAAUUUUUUAAAAUCUCGUCCAUCAGCGAUGGAAAUGCAUGCAAUUGAGAAAGUUGCAUCGGCAUGUCAGAAAUCUGGGGUUCGUUGCCAUAUCGUCCAUCUUUCUGCUGCCGAGGCUCUGGAAAUUGUUGAAAAAGCGAAAAAAAAUGGAGCAUGUUUGACAGCUGAAACUUGUCAUCACUACUUGUUUCUGGAGGCAGAAAAAGUUCCGAACGGUGCGACCGAGUACAAAUGUUGUCCGCCUAUACGCGAACGCGAAAACAAAGAAAAAUUGUGGCAAGCCCUCAAGACCGGAAUUUUAGACAUGGUCGUAUCCGAUCAUUCCCCGUGCACGGAAGAUUUGAAAAAUGGGGGCGAUUUUAUUUCCGCUUGGGGUGGAAUUUCCUCCUUGCAGUUUGGUCUCUCGUUGACAUGGACCGGUGGACGACAGAGAGGCUUUACGUUGCCACAAAUAUCACAAUUCUUAUCCGCGAAUCCCGCCAAAUUGUGCGGCCUCGAAGGACGAAAGGGAAAAAUCUGCGUCGGUGCUGACGCUGAUCUGGUUGUCUGGGAACCCGACGAAAUAAUCACGAUUCAUCGUGCCCAAAUAUACCACAAAAACAAGUUGACACCGUACGAGGGACAAGAGUUGUUUGGUCGAGUUCGCGCUACAUUUCUGCGUGGCAGAUGUGUCUACACAGAUGGAAAACUUUGCGACGAAUUAACGGGGAAACUUUUGCUUCGUAAUCAAUAACGCAUGAGGGAAUUGAAUAGACGAUGGGAACAGAGGAAAAAGAGGAUUCGAUGAUUUUCGUAAAAAAGAAAAAAAAAAAAACGAUUUUUCAGUCUCGCGAGAUAUUAAGUGUAAAAUUAAGUUCUCUUCUUCGCAUAUUACUCGAAUGAAUGUGAAAGUUGGGGAAGUUGAGUCAUAAGUUCGAAUAAAAUUCACUAAUCGCUCAUGCUCCCAAAAAGGAAAUUUUCAUGAAAAUUCCCUUUGCAAAUUGGAGUAAAAACAGUUUUUUUCUCACGUUAUUAUUCGAGUAGGUGAAAAGAAUAUUAGUCACGCGUCGUACGAGGAAGAGAGCAAGAGCGAAAGAAAAAUAAAAAAGAAUGUGUGAGCAAGAAAAAAACAUCUUCGGAGCAAUCUAUAGUGUUUCCAGUAUGAGGAAAAAAAUCUUCGUUACACGUGUGUGUGUGUAUAUAUAUAUAUCCACUUAAAUACACGAAACGACGAACAAACACGGAUCUAUAUAGUUAUAUACGUUUCUAAAAAGCAUCUGCAUAUUUAUAGGUAUACACGAAUAUGUCAAUGACGUCAUCGGAUGACGUCAGCGGCGCCCCCCCCCCCCCCUCUUCAGUCACGUUGCCAACGUUCCAUAAGUGUUUCGAGAUAAAAAGUAUACCUACGACGAAUAAAGUUCUGUUCGAAUCAGA